GGGCGCCGCCGCCCUGGCCGCCAUGUGCUCCCAGCUCUGGUUCCUGACGGACCGGCGCAUCCGCGAGGACUACCCGCAGGUGCAGAUCCUGCGCGCCCUCCGGCAGCGCUGCUCCGAGCAGGACGUGCGCUUCCGGGCGGUGCUCAUGGACCAGAUCGCCGUCACCAUCGUCGGCGGCCACCUCGGCCUCCAGCUGAACCAGAAGGCCCUCACCACCUUCCCGGAUGUGGUGCUUGUGCGGGUGCCCACACCCUCUGUGCAGUCAGAUAGUGACAUCACUGUCCUGCGACACCUUGAGAAGCUGGGCUGCCGCCUGGUCAACCGCCCACAGAGCAUCUUAAACUGCAUCAACAAGUUCUGGACAUUCCAAGAGCUGGCUGGACAUGGGGUCCCCAUGCCAGACACCUUCUCCUAUGGUGGGCAUGAAGACUUUUCAAAAAUGAUUGAUGAAGCUGAGCCCCUGGGCUACCCAGUCGUGGUGAAGAGCACACGAGGCCACAGGGGAAAAGCUGUUUUUCUGGCAAGAGAUAAACAUCACCUCUCAGACAUCUGCCAUCUGAUCCGCCAUGACGUGCCCUACCUAUUCCAGAAGUAUGUGAAGGAGUCCCACGGAAAAGACAUCCGGGUGGUGGUGGUAGGGGGCCAGGUGAUAGGCUCUAUGCUUCGCUGCUCCACAGACGGACGGAUGCAAAGCAACUGCUCUCUCGGUGGUGUGGGCGUCAUGUGCCCACUGACAGAACAAGGCAAGCAGUUGGCUAUUCAGGUGUCCAACAUCCUGGGCAUGGACUUCUGUGGCAUUGAUCUCCUUAUCAUGGAAGAUGGCUCCUUUGUGGUGUGUGAAGCAAAUGCCAACGUCGGCUUCCUAGCCUUUGACCAGGCAUGCAACUUAGAUGUGGGUGGGAUCAUUGCAGACUAUACCAUGUCCUUGCUGCCAAGUAGGCAGACUGGGAAGAUGGCUGUCCUACCAGGACUGUCAAGUCCCAGGGAGAAGAACGAGCCAGAUGGCUGUGCUUCAGCUCAGGGAGUUGCAGAGAGCAUCUACACCAUCAACAAUGGGUCUACCUCUAGCGAGAGUGAGCCUGAACUGGGAGAGAUCCGGGAUUCCUCAGCAAGCACAGUGGGGGCCCCGCCCCCCAUGUUGUCCGAACCUGGCUACAACAUUAACAACAGGAUUGCUUCAGAGUUAAAACUUAAGUGAAUUCCUGCUUUUUGGCAGCAUUUAAACCAAAUCCCACUGCUUCCCUAGUAGUUGUGUGAAUAAAAUCUGGACUGUGAUUUCAUUUGCACAGAAACUAGAAAUCCCAUCUGGGCACUAAGCGUUCUUUCUAACAAUGAUUUAAGCAAAUGGCCUAGCUUUGUGGUUUUUACAAAGACUAAUAUAAAAACACUUACCAAGAACAACAUCCCGACUGAUGGAUUUGAGACCGAUGUCUGCUGGGAGCACUUGCAUAUUAGGGUUGACAUUAAGGCACUGACUCUGUGCUGCUGCUUCUGGCUUUUAGCAGUAGAGCCCAUUAACUCGGAAUGGCUCCUGGAAAUACUGUACUCCAAAGCAACCAUGAAAUGGAGGCAUGUGCAGACAAGGUGGAAUGUGACUGCAGUAAUAUGUCCUUUAUUAGUGUAUGUGUGAUGCUUGGAGAAUACACAGUUCAAACACUGUUAGAGGAUCAGUCUCUGUUCCCCAUCAACCACCAUCUUGACCACACUUCUCCAACACUCAGGAUGUGUGGUGUUUUAGGGAGCUUCCUCAUUAGCAUUUUCAAUGAAGCACUUUGUAGAAAGUGAGAUUGAAUGUUCUUUGACCUCACUGGUUGGCAAAUGUCCUGCUUUGUAACUGGGGCUUUCUACAAAUUGCUCUGCCACUCCAGAAUUAUAGACCCUGCUGCAACUAAUGCCAGCUCCAGCAGCUUCUUGCACCUUUGCUGCCUUUGGCCUCAGCUGGAAAUGCACUUCAAUGAGCUAUGGCCACAUACUUUAUUUUUUUAAGCGUGCACUAGAAUCUAACACCAUGGACUUUCUUUUCAAUGGACUCUGUUCACUUGUCAACCAGAAGCCAGUGGUUUUUUACCAUAGAAAGCUACUGGAAGAUAAUCAUUCUACACACUUCUUUACUGAAACUUUGUGUACUGCUUAGCUGUAAGAGGUUUUCUUGUAUGAGUUGGUUUUGAAGGUCUAUUGGGCAGAUAGAGCCAUUGGAAACAUACUUCAAUCACCUUGACAUUCUCUUGUCCAGGCUUCAGAGACCUGUCCUUUCCCACCUUUCCAAACUGGGGAGACUCAGGUAUCAGGAAUUACUCAUUUCGGCUGGCCGGUUAGCUCAGCUGAUUAGAGCACAGUGUUACAAUACCAAGGGUUUGGAUCCCCAUACCAACCACCCGCAAAAAAAAAAAAAAAAGGAAUUAUUCAUUGUACAUUUUUGGGGGGCUAAUGUAGACAUGACACUAAGAGCAUUUCAUUUUAAUUCUUCAAUCAGUAUAUGAGAUCCUUCCCUUGGGAGAAAUCAUGGAGAUGGAGUUUUCCAUUUCUGCUUAUAGGAAGUAUGACUGAAAAUCAGCAUGGCUACCUUUUAAACCAAAAACACUAGAACAUAUGCACUCAGGAGUUACCAUAAUUGGAGUUAUGUCCUUAGAAAACCAUACUCUUGAGCUGUGAUGUUGCAUGUGCCAAGAACACUUGGAAUUCCUCUUUGGGGUUAUCUUUAAAGCCAUUCAAGGAAAGAGGCCUCACAACUUUACGGUCAGACCUUGUUUUUUGCCACCCCCACUUUGCCCACCAAGGUAGGCACAAGUUCCAUCACCCAUUUUGUUUAUCAGACUUAUUUUCUUAUGCACUUCAGAUGUUAAGAAAAAUCAUUCUUCGAAAAAUCCAAAAGGGUUUCUAGAAAUGUUCUAAAGUAAGGUCAGCUUCACUGGAAUAAACAUACAUCUUCUCAAGGUGACUACUUUGAAGGCAACACCACCCAUCUGGGUGCAUAAAUUCCUGUACGUAUUCUAUCACAAAUAUAAAAUGUGUAUAAAGUUAAACUAUUACAUUUUUUCACAACACACUUAAAUAGAAAUUGCCUUUUAAAAUUAAUUGUAAUUAAAACCAGAUCUCACCAAGUAACAGUUGUACAAUUGAAAAAUGUUUGGUGCCAUGUAAUAGAGAUGUCACACUACACAGUUGUAGUUUAAAUGCAAUCCAACAUAGGGUGCAUGCUUCUGAAUUGUAAUCCUAGUAAUGUGUCUUGUACAGUUGAAAAAUAAUAAUACUUCACCUUUAUAUAGGUUAAGACAUGUACCUUAUCUUUAUCACUCAGGGUGGCUUUAGAAGGAUAGUUUUAGGUUUGUUCUCACUGGAAUUGGUCAGAUGCUUUCUGUGUAAACAUCUGAACCAAGUGAUGACCUUCUGGAAGCUGCAUUCACUCAUUUCCAGUUUAGUAUAAGCCCAGUCUCCCCACUUUAUCUAAAAGGAUACCAGCAGGGCCCAUCCUGAGCAGAGCAUCUAGGAAGUGCUUCCAGAGUCCUUUGCCAAAGGAGACCCAAUUUCCAGCUGUAGACAGCCCCCUCUGGGGUUUCCCAUACCAUGGUUGGCUGUGGACUCUGAGCCUCCGCAAGGUGGCCAGCUUAUACUUGCCACAGCUGCCCCCAAGGCUGGCUAGAAAGGACAUGGGGUACAGAGCCACAGCCUGGUUCUGGCUCUCCCCUUAAACAGCUGAUAAACCUUGUACAAUCGUAUGAACUCUAGGGCUCCAUUUUUUCAUUCUUCAGGCAGGGGACAUGCCUAUUCUGUUUACCUCUUGGGGGUGCUUUGAGGUUGAAGUGAGUUAAUAAAUGAGACUGUGCUUUAUGUGGAAAGUGGUAGUAGAACACCUCCCACAUCUGGCUUUAUAACAGUUCCUCAUCACCCCUCAUAGGGGGGGUUAAGAAAGAAAAAGGCCAUGAUUUUUUGGCAUUAGCACACUAAACAGUGGUAGGGGCCCUGAAAAGGGAAUGCAGCUUCUCAGAGUCCUUACUUCCUUAAGACCUGAAAGGAGGAAGGCUCUUAGUGUAUUCAACAGCCUUCUGGAUGUAUCACAUAUGACCUGAAACCCUUGACUCUUGUAUACCAACUAACAAAGUCUUCCUUAUGUAAUAUAGAUUGCAGUGUCUGUAUAUGGUCUUCCCAUUAUCUGGUAAUAGCAUCUUGAAACUAGUCAAAACUUGAAUGCCAAUAGCUCAGUCACUCAGAAUAUAUAUGAUUUUGCACUUGGGAAAAAUGUCUUCAUGCUAUUUGUCUGAUUGGUUAUGAGGUUGCCAGAAUGUGGAUUUGGGACUUUAGGUCUUUAGGAUCUGAGAAUAUAAGUAGAUCAUCGGCCAUUAGUGGCACAACUGUUUCCAGUUAAGAGGGAAUUCCAUGAAAAUAUGGACAGGGCAAGGAGGAAAAAGAAGGGGAAAGGUCUUGGGAUAGUUUUAUGGAAGAAAUAAGAAAUUGGGGUCUUGUGGAAUUCUAGCGGGAAGGAAGAAAAAAUGACUUCUUGGGUUUUAAUGAAAAAAAUUAUGGAUAUGUAUUGAUUAGAGGUAGAUGUCUUUGAACCUAUUCUGUAUGAAGAUUAUGAGACAUAUGGCUUCCCAUACAUCCUGCAGAAGUGGGAGACUACUUUAAGUCCUGAGGAAUGCUGGUCUUGAGAACACUCUGAAUGUAAACCUGGGGAAAAUCGAAGCAGCUAACAGGGGAGUAACAGGGGACGUUUCCAGAAUCACCCAAAUAACAGCUGACCCUCCUAGAAGUUAAUGGACCAAAAUACCAUCUGUGGGCAAAGCCCAGAGUGACAUCUUCCUGAGGUGAGUUUAGGGAGUCAGGUCACAGAGUGAAUCCAACAUCAGUCAAAUAAAUCACUUCAGCUUAAUAUUUUCCUCUCACUGGGGGGUGGGGGGAUGUUAGUCUGUGCAGGUGUUUUGGGAAGGGUCCUGACAACAACCAUCUUUGUCACUGUCCCUGAAGUUAACUGGUGCUGUUUUUGACUUUGCCUCUAAGACUCAAGAUCAGUACAGAUUGUUGCUUUGAAAUGUUUUACCUAGGAGACCCUCCUUCUCGGGUAUAUUGUUUAAAUCCUUUCCUAAAACUAGAUUAUGCCUCCUUCCAUGUCUGUAGUUAGACUCUGCAGCCCUCCUGAAACUCACACAGCUGAAUAUGAAAACAUUCUUCCUUUACGUCUUUCAGUUUCCUUCUCCAGGUGCAGCUCCUGUGCCAACAUGCAGCACAUCCUGAGGCCUGUGCUGGCAUCCCACCCUGUCUGGUAACCUUACUCUGUGAGGUUCUUGUUCUCUGGGACUCCAAGGCAACACUAAGAAAGUCACCUACAGAACCAGAUUUGAGGCCAUAGAAAUAGCAGCACUUUGGGGACAGAUCCACUCCCCCGUUUUAUAAAUGGGGAACUUGAGUUCCAGCCCCACAGUCAGUUAGGCAGUCAGCAGCAAGGCCGGAUCCAUCCAAUUUAGCAUACUGCCAGAGGGGGUUCCAUUCCUCUGUGGUGUCUAGCACUUACUGCCACCCUGUGCCCACCCCCGGCCCAUUCCCCUUCUGAUGAGCCCCUGUUCUACAUCAACAUGGUGUGGAUGUCCCAGCUGUCAAAGGUUCAGCACUUAGAUGGCUCCUAGGUGAGAGCUCCAAAGGUACAUAUGAGAGUUCUAUGGUGCAAGCUGGCCAUGGCCUGCACCCUCUUUAGACCAGCCAAGACCGUUUGGCUCCACCCCACACCUUCAGUGAUGGGAUGGGAGGGAGAAGGCCCAUGCCAAGUUGACCGAAGACUUCCUCAGCCAUAACUUGGCAGAUGUUCCCUCACUGUGAAAUGUCUUGGAGACCAAGGGUUUACGGUUCCUGAACUUCUCACAUCAGGCAAACCCAAGGAGGAAUCCUGUCGAUACGCACUCUCCAGUUGUGAUCAGCAAGGUCAGAAGUUUCCUCACCCUCUGUGCCACAAUGCAUACCCCUUGCAGCCAGACACUAGGCACAGGUUCUUCCCUGUUGUAGCCCAAAUGUCAGCUGAGAACUCCCUGCCCCUUGAGAUCCAGACAGGUCUGUUGACUCUGGGCUCCGGUUCUGAGCAUCUGGAUUUCCAUGAUUUCUAAGGGACUUAUAUUUUUGCACACUGCAGACUUCUGCUACUUCAUUGUAAGCAACAAUGUUGUCUCAUCCCUGCAUUGCACCAGCUGAGAUAUGAAGCUCAGUUCCCUCCCCCAUUUCCACAAACAGCAAAAUUUAAAUGACUGAGCAUGUAUGUGCCUCUCACUGACGUGAAGGGGAACUGCAGACACUGCAGCAAUGCAGACUUGGCCCCCCAUUCAUAGAAUGUUCUUGUGACACACUACAGAGGAAUCCCCACUCCCCUUGCACUCUGCCUGGUCCCUGUCUCCCUGCCUUGGGACAAACCAAAUCCAUAUAUAUUCUCAUGUACAGCAGUACAGCCACUCCUUUUCUUAAUUUGAUUCUUGCCAACACCCUUACCAUCACGAUUUCACCUUUUACCACUGGUGGUUUAUUAAAGGCAUUUUCCUAAACAAAGACUGCUCCCUGCUCCAGGGGAACCUGAGUGCCAUCUCUUAAGAAGAUUCAGUUUUCAUUCUCCCUACAGCAGCCAGGCAUCUCAACUACCAUAUUCGCCACUAGCUGCCAGGGGCACGCCUUAUGGGAGGCAACAUGGACUAAAGUAAGUGGUACCAGUUUGAGUCAGAUCUGGUUCAGAUCCUGACUCAGAUAACUUAAAACCUGUAUGACCUAGGGACAGUCACUUCAUCUUGUUAUACCUUAGUUUUGUGUAUGAAUGUGAUAAAUAAACACAAUCUUGAGUGCGUGGCACUUAACCACA